UCGCGUUUGGUGACUAGUCAAUUCUGUGUUCGCUGUGGUUAGUUUGUUGUUAAAGCCUUCCACCGGUUCGCACAGAUUCUCUCCGCUGCAACAGCGAUGGCAAGUCACGUAAAGAGCGAUGAAUCUGGAACUGUGGAGAAGGACAGCGCUUUAGCGGGACAGACAGUCCGAGAGAACAUAACAGAAACUGAUAGCUUUAAUCAAAGUGUAUUCGGUCUGGAUCCUAAUGAGGAGUAUAAGAUGGACCACAAGAAGCGAGGAAUGGCUCUGAUCUUUAACCAUGAACGUUUUUACUGGCAGCUCAUGUUGAGCAACCGCUCUGGCACAAAUGCAGACAGGCAGAACCUUGUUAGAAGAUUUCAAGAGCUGGGUUUUGAAGUGAAGGCUUAUGAUGAUUACAAACGGGAAGAAGUGUUAUCCAAAAUCAGAGAAGCUGCUGCUGCUAACCAUGUAGAUGCAGACUGUUUUGUCUGUGCCUUUUUAAGUCAUGGGGAAAAUGGUCACGUCUAUGCCUACGAUGGGCAGAUUGAAAUUCAAGAAAUCACUGAUUUGUUCAAGGGGGAUAAAUGCCGUAGCCUUGUAGGGAAACCCAAGAUCUUCAUCUUGCAGGCUUGUCGUGGUGACAAACAUGAUGAAGCUGUGACACCAAUGGAUGUGGUGGACAGUCAGACAGCCAAUGAUGUGGUUGUAGAUGCGGGGGUGCUCUGCACCCUUCCAGCAGGAGCAGAUUUCCUUAUGUGCUACUCAGUAGCUGAAGGAUAUUACUCUCAUCGUGAGACGGUGAAUGGCUCGUGGUACAUCCAGGAUCUGUGUGAAAUCCUCAAGCAUUAUGGGUCCACACUGGAGUUCACUGAUAUCCUGACGCUUGUUAACAGGAAGGUUUCCUUCCGCAGCGUUGGAAACUCCAAGGAUCGCUCUGCUUUAGGCAAAAAACAAGUGCCUUGCUUUGCGUCCAUGCUUACUAAGAAGCUGUUUUUCAGGCUUAAGAAGGAACAUUAGUAUUGGGGCCCUAUUGCAGGUAAAAAUUCAGGGAUUAGAUUAUUUUAUUUGACUUUUUAUUUUGAGCUCCUAUAUAUACACAUUUUCAAAAUGGAAAUCAUGCAGGUUUGCAUGUUUUAGCCUGGAGGUUUGAUAAGCUCAGGAUUACAAAGUGCAAAUAGUAUUUUAGUUAGUUUCAUUUUCCCAUUAAUGAUGAAAGAUAACAGGUUUCACCAUUUACAGUAGCAAUGCAAAAAAUGCUUUGAAUUGCCUGCAGGCCAAGGUGAAGACAUUCCAAGUUAUUAGUGCAAUGAAAACUACUUGUGAAAAUGGACCAAUGAAAACUUGAAAUUUAUAGAAUUUUUUUUUUUUUUAAGUAAUGUAUAUCAAUUCUGCACACUACAUUCAUGAUCUGUUAUUAAUGGCUCUAAAGCAUGAUCUCUUCAUUUGGGAGACAUGCAGUAGUACCUCCAGAACUGUUGGGGACUUAGUUUAAGUGUAGGGGAAGAAACAGCAAGAAAAUCCAGUUAAACAGCUAAAAAAAAAACUUGAAAAUCAUCAUAGAGCACAAACCUACUUGUCUAUACCAGCUUUGCAUACACAACUAAUUUUUUUCAGAGUAUGGAAUUAUAUGGGGGAUUAUGGUUUUUGUUUAAAUUGUGUAUCUUACAUGUCUUAAAUGUUGAAAAGACUGACUUUUGGAGAUCUGUCCACAUCAAUACACUACAUGUUUCUGACACAUCAAAUAUUUUGGUCACAGAGACUUUUAGUGUUUUGUUCAAACUAAAAGUAAUUAUAUAUGAUAUGAACUGAAUGUCUUCAUACAUUCUUUACUCAGCUCUGUUAACUUGGAGUGGAAUCUAUGGCCCUUUUAAUGUUGGUGCAAGCCUUAUAUGUAAUGUGACUGCUUUCUGUCUGGUUGGAACAUGGAUUAUUGGAAAUUUGGGUUUUCUGCAACAUAUUGUAUAAUUAUCUUAAUAUGAAACGUGCAGUUGUCAGCAUUGAAUAGGCUUGCCUCUAUAUUCAAAUAACAUUCCUCUGCAUUCAAGAU